AUGCAUGCAAAAAAGGACAAUGGCCGUUGUCAAGGAAACCUGUGCAGUUUGACUAAGAAAGCUCUAACAAUGAAGCAAAACUCUCUUGUGAACCCCCUUACAAGAAAGCAAGCUAAAGCUCAUAGAAGACAAAUGAAGCAAAAAGUUUCGAAGAAUCUUAACAAUUGUAGAACAUCUAAACUGCAAUCCAAAACUACAGAGGUGGAGAUCUCGGCACAGAAUAAGGCAUUUGUGGGCUAUAAAUGGGCCUUUCCGGAAUCGGGUUAUUCAAAGGUUGAGCAAGCUGCCAUUGGUCAAGAAGCAGGAUCCAGCAAGAUAAACACAACUGAGGUAAAAGAUUUAGGAUCUUGCCAGACAGCCUGGCAACAGUCUUUGGAUGUGGACAUUGUAGACAUUGAUGAGAUUAG